AUGCAGUUGUACUGGAAGCGAAAUUUGCAUUCCCACAUGGUAGCCAAUAUAAAGAAACGGCAGUUGCCUCCGCGUCCCAAAUUUUCACCAGAUUGGGAGACGGAACUUGAAGAGAAGUUUUUGCACGGAGGGCGCGGUCCCGGCGGUCAGAAGAUUAACAAAUGCAACAGCAAAGUGCAAUUGCGUCAUCUCCCUAGUGGAAUCGUGGUCGAAUGCCAAGAGACAAGGUCCAGAGACCAGAAUCGUAAGAUUGCACGCGAAAAACUGGCGCUGAAGAUCAGUCAAUGGCAAAACGACGGUAUUGCAGCUGCUAGAAAUGAAGCAAUGCAUCAAUGGGGGAAACAGAGUAAGCGAAGUAAAGAAAAGAAGAGUCGCGAAAAACACGUGAAACACAGGGCGUUGCGCGAUGAGCAAGAAUUAGAGAGAAUUCAAGAAGAACAACGACUCUUGGAGUUGAUUAGAAACGGAGAGUAA